UCUGGUCCAGAUCCACUCCUCAGUCGCGCUCAGCACACACUCAUUGUACACAAACUGGCAAGCGGCUCACACACAGCAUCGAUCGUGGCUCCUUUAAGAAAGACUAAGCCAGAAUUAUCACCCCACCUCCUCUUGAUCUCCUUUAGAAGCUUUUGCAUAAAAUAUCAACUCAGGAUCCGAGACUGAUCAAAGAAACCAGAGAGCUUCAUUUUUGUGUGCGUUUGAUUAUUAACAUUUGGUGUGCGAAUCCGUGGAAGCGCGCGGCGGAUCAUCAUUCAUUCGGUACUUUGACAAGCCUUGCGUUUGAUUGACAGUCGGAGUGGCAAAAAGCCAUGAGACUCGCUAGUUUUGUUUGAGGGGCAUUUGGAAAAGAAGACUGGUUCUCGUUCUGUCGCUGUCCUGUGGAUAGCCGAGGACCUAUUCACCUCGCUCGAGCUGAACUUGAGCAGAAGUGGCUGACUUCAUCCCUCUGGAAAGAAAUACGGAUUUUGUGAAAAUAUCUUCCAUUUGGAUUUUGAGUGUUAAUUUCUUCUUCAUCCUGGCCACAUAGGGGAUAUAUCUGAAGCUAAAGGAAGAAGAGGGAGUAAGGAGGGCUAUGGCGCAGAGGUACGAAGAUUUGCCCCACUACGGAAUGGAUGGAGUGGGCAUACCGACAACCAUGUACGGGGACCCGCACGGCGCCAGGUCAAUGCAAGCGGUCCACCUGAACCACGGGCCCCAGCUGCACUCGCACCAGUACCCGCACUCAGCUCACACUAACGCCAUGCCGCCUAGCAUGGGUUCCUCAGUCAACGAUGCUCUCAAAAGAGAUAAAGACGCGAUAUACGGGCACCCCCUGUUCCCCUUGCUUGCACUGAUUUUUGAGAAAUGUGAAUUAGCGACUUGCACGCCCAGAGAGCCCGGAGUGGCGGGAGGCGACGUUUGUUCAUCGGAAUCUUUCAAUGAAGACAUAGCAGUAUUUGCAAAACAGAUUCGGGCAGAAAAGCCGCUAUUUUCAUCAAAUCCAGAGUUGGAUAAUUUGAUGAUUCAAGCCAUUCAAGUUUUACGAUUUCAUCUUUUGGAGUUGGAAAAGGUACACGAACUCUGUGACAAUUUCUGUCACCGGUACAUCAGCUGCUUGAAGGGCAAGAUGCCCAUCGACUUAGUUAUAGACGACAGAGAAGGCGGAUCAAAAUCAGACAGCGAGGAAAUCACAAGAUCAUCGGGACCUCUUGAUCAGGGGGGUACUUUAGAAGUACCACCAGUGGUGUGUCGCACUAAAAUAGCUCCCCCAUUGUUGUCCCGGGUAGAGCUGAAUAGUCGGCUCAUUGUGUGGCGAUGGGAGGCUGGGGAUCUGAACAGGCCUAUUUUUGGUGGGAUCUCAAGAUUGCGCAAACUGACCAUGUCUCUCUCUCUUUUUUUCCUCUGUCUCUACAUCUCCCCUUUUCUCGACCUCCCCUCUUUCAUGCCCCUCCUCCCUGACAGGUUCAUAAAUGCGAGGAGGAGAAUAGUCCAGCCUAUGAUCGACCAGUCGAACCGAGCAGUAAGUCAAGGAGCCCCCUAUAACCCAGAUGGUCAGCCGAUGGGGGGGUUCGUCAUGGACGGUCAGCAGCACAUGGGAAUCAGACCACCUGGCCCUAUGGGCGGGAUGGGCAUGAACAUGGGCAUGGAAGGACAGUGGCACUACAUGUAGCCCUCCUCUAGGCCUGACAAUCGCAAAGCAAACAGAGAUGACUGCAGGGCAAACCAGGGGGUGACCUCUCACAGUGGCCCACUUGGCGCGGGGAUGGGACAGCCUGACUACAUUACCCAGCAUCCCCGCUCCACCUCUGAAACCCAGGAAGUCCAAACUCCAAUUCUGCUUAUCCGCACCUUGGGCACAUCCGCACCAUCCAGGACCCCGCUCCGAUCCCAACCCAGCCAUGUUAAUGCACAGAGAACAAAUAAACAUCCCUCCGAUCCACCCCUGACCUGCGAUGCCCCCACCAAGACACCCGUCGCCCAUCUCCUGGACACCUCCCGGGUGGUAGACACUAACAGAUUCCUCCAUGAAAAGCGAUUGCGAUUGAGAGAAACAAAACAGAAAGAGACAGAUUGGGGUUUUCAACCCUAAGGCAACCUUCUAUAAUGUACCAGACUCCUUGAUUUAAAAGACUUUCUUCGGAGAACUCCACUCUUUGGGCAAUGGAUUCAAACCAAGGAGAAGCCAAUGUCUGUAUUUGCUGGGACACUAACAGAACUACGGGUGCCCUUGAUAAUAGGAUUGAAGUGAGAAAGGAGAGAGGACAGUGAAAGACAGACAUAGAAAGUAAAACUAUAUCAACCCUGAAAGGGGAGGGAGGAGGAGAUACUGUAUACUGUUGUACAAUUACGCUGGACUCUCACGAGAACUGGGAAUUUAAGUAUUGUAAAUGCUAUUGUAUUGUUCUGCAUAUUAUGUUGUUUCUAAUAGAUUUUUUUUUUUAAAGGAUGUGAACUUUUUCUUUUGGUUUCUUUCCACACUAUGUGUGUGCCGUCUCCCUAGACUUUGACCUCCUCCCUUUGGAUCACCUUGCGUUUAAAAGAAACAAACAAAAAAACAUAUGUGAAUAAACCAAUAAUUCGAUCAACAA